CAGCAGCAGCAGCAGCAGCAGUAAGCUAAGCAGCACACAGCAGCAUGCCACAACCAUUAGGUCGGCUCGAGAUCAUGUGCUGUUUUUAAAGUCGUUUUUGGAAAGAGAUCAGGACGAGAGUCAUUAAACGCGUGUGAAUCAUGAUAAGCGUCUGAAGAAAUACAGAUAGUGAACACACAUUGACGUUGCUUCGGUUGUAUACGAACGAUUAAGUGCGCGCAAAAAUGGGUAACGAGGCUCGAGUCCACGCCGUACUCAAUCAAAUAUUGCAUGUUGAAGCAAUCGAAGAGACUUUCAGCUGUGUCAUCGUACAUAAUCCCAGCCAUGAAAAGGAGAAGAUCAAAAAAUGGCAAAUGGAGCUGUCAAUGGCUCUCAAAGGGCUGAGUUCGGAGCAACAAGAGAGCAUGGUUAAAAAGUUCCUUGGUGUUGCAGCCAAUAUUACCAAUUACAGAAAAAUGCAGUUGAUAACCAAUUUACUUGAGCACUUGGUUAUGACCAAUCUCUUACCUGCCAGAUUAGUUUGUGAGUGUAUUUUGAGCUGUGACAAAUUAGAUUAUCACAACAAAGAGUUUUGGAUCGUUUCAUUUACGCUGAUUCGUCGUAUAAUUGGAGGAGUUGAUUAUAAAGGUGUUAGAGAAGUAAUGAAGACAUGUAAAGUAAAAGCCCAUACAUUACCCUCAGUUAUUGAUUCUUCUACCCAACCCCAAAUGAAAGUCUUAGAAAACCUUAUUGAAUAUAUAUUUGAUAGAAAUGCUUGCUUAUUACCAAGCUAUUUAAUUGUUAAUGAACUCUUGAAGUAUAUGGAAACUCAGGAUUGGCCUCACUGGCUGGCAAAAUUGAUAUCUAAUUUUAUAGAAAGCUUCCGAAAUGUUGUUCAAAUAGUAACAGUUAUUGGUCAUACUAAAAUGUUACCAAUUGUACAACAUGCAGGGUACAGUGAUCAUUUAAUAAGUCAAUGGUUAUUAGAUCAUAACACAUUACAAUUUUCUUUGAAAGGGGCUCUUCCUUAUGAUCAAGAAUUAUUGAAACCUCAGACGAAUCUUUUAAAAUAUGUAUUGGAACAACCUUAUAGCAGAGAUUUCACUUGCUGCAUGUUAAGAUUGCAAAAAUUACAAAAUUCUAGGUGUACAGCAUUAGAAGAACAACUUGUAGAUUUAAUGAUCAGGAGUAUGGAAAAAGUUGAAAAUGAAACUCCAACAGAAGCAGCAGAUGAAAAAUCACCUACCUACUGGACAUGGAUUCAUAUGUUUUCCCAAUUGAUACAUUAUGUAGUGUUCAAAUUUGCAUAUCUUCCUAGUCUGGUUUUGUCGAUUCAUGAUAAACUAAGCGGAAGAGAGUGGAAGAAAUCAAGAGAUCACUUAAUGUGGGUUUUUCUUCAGAUUAUAUCUGGUACAGUAAGCAGGGCUCCUCUUGCAACUUUUUUUCCCAUUUUAAAGUUGUAUGAUCUCUUGUAUCCUGAGAAAGAACCUAUUCCAGUACCAGAUUUAAAAAAUCCAAAAUGUACUCAUCAAAUGGCACCUAUUUGCAUAUGGAUGCAUUUGAUGAAAAAAGCCCAAGAUUCCACAUCCAGUCUACGACCAAUACCAUACAAUCUAAAACUACAUCAUGAGUUCAUUCAACAUGCAGCUUCUCAAAUAACAACUCUUUCCAUUGACACAGAUUACACUAUACCUCUGUUAUGUAAUGCUUAUUCUACCAUGGGUCCAAAUGAUUAUUUUAGUCAAUCAUUGGCUGUAUUAUUUGAUACUAUAAGUAAACCUCAUCAACGACAGCAAUCGCCUACCAUGCUCAACAGUUCAGUAUCUGUAAAUCCACCUACUGUACCAUUAACUAUAUCUAUUCUCGACUCUAUGACUGCCCAUGCAAAGAUGAAUCUUAUACAUUCAGUAGUUCAAUAUAUAAUGAAAGUAGCACAAUCAAAGAGUAAUAUAGCUUUACCUCCUGCACUUGUUGAAACUUACAGCAGGUUGUUAGUUUACACUGAAAUAGAUAUUCUUGGCAUCAAGAACUUCAUCAGUCAUCUGUUACCAACAAUAUAUAAAGCUCAUGCUUGGAGUAAUAUAUACACUUUGUUGGACAUGUUUAGUUAUAGGAUGUACCAUAUUCAACCUCAGUACAGAGUACAAUUAUUGAGUCAUCUUCACAAUUUAGCUUCAGCACCACAGACUAAUCAAACCCAGCUACAUUUAUGCAUCGAAAGCACAGCUUUAAGACUAAUUACAGCUCUGGGUAAUGCAGAAGUUCAACCUCAUCUUACCAGGUUUACGAAUGAACAAAAAACUCGUGUAUCUCAAGAUUCUGAAGAAUUAAACAGAGUAUUAGUACUUACUCUUGCUCGAUCCAUGCAUAUAACAGCAACCGGAAAUGAUGCUCUUGGAGGCAUGUGGUGCGAAGAACUACUUCAUGCAAUCAUGCAACAUACUCCUCAUACUUGGGCAGAUCAUACUCUGCAGUGUUUCCCGCCUCUAUUACGAGAAUUUUUCAAGCAUACAAAUGUUUUGAAGGAAGAAAAGCAACAAAUAAAAAAGUCUGUUGAAGAAGAAUACAAUAAUUGGCAUUCAAUGAGCAAUGAAAACGAUAUAAUUGCUCAUUUUUCUGUUCCUAAUACACCACCACUGUUUCUUUGCCUUUUAUGGAAAAUGAUUCUUGAAACAAACUGUAUUAAUCCUAUUGCAUACAAAAUUCUUGAGAGAAUCGGCGCCAGAGGUUUAUCUCUGCAUCUCAGAAAAUUCUGUGAUUAUAUCGUAUUUGAAGUUUCAAGUACAACUUGCGAUGGACAGUAUGUUAAUAAAUGUGUUGAUGCCAUAAAUAGCAUGAUAUGGACAUAUAAUGUUGUAACAUUUGAUAGAUUAAUUUUAUGUUUGUCACUGAGAACUUUGGAAGGUAAUGAAGCUCAGUUGUGCUCAUUCAUCAUUCAGUUACUGCUGUUGAAAUCUGUAGAAUUUCGUAAUAGACUUCAAGAAUUUAUCACUGAAAAUUCACCCGAGUAUUGGAAGCAAUCAAAUUGGCAAGAGAAGCAAAUGUCCUUUCAUAGAAAGUUCCCAGAAAAAUUUGCUCCAGAAGGAGUUUUGGAGCAAGCUUCAAGUAGUCAGAAUCAGUAUCAAAAUUUUCCUACUUAUUUUGGUAAUGUAUGCUUGAGAUUUUUGCCAGUACUAGAUAUUGUUAUUCAUCGAUAUCUAGAAAUUCCAAAAGUUACACAAAAUUUAGAAGUUUUGCUGGAUCAUUUAGGAUGUCUUUACAAGUUUCAUGAUCGACCUAUAACCUACUUGUACAACACUUUGCAUUAUUAUGAGAAAAGAUUAAUAGACAAUCCUAAUUUAAAACGAAGAUUAGUAUCUGCUAUUAUGGAAUCAAGAGAGUCACGAAUCCCUGGAUUCUUCUUGACUGAACCUUAUCAAAAAUACAUUGGUCAGGCUGCUAUUGAUGAUUCACCAUGGGUACCUGAGCUUGAUUAUUAUGUAAGAUUAGUUCAACGUUUAAUGAAAACCAUAUCUGGUAAAGCUGCAUUCCCUGGAGUAGACUGGCGAUUUAAUGAGUUUACAAAUGCGGCUUCGCAUACGCUUCAUCUUACCUGCGUGGAAAUAAUGGCUUUACCUGUUCCACCAAACGUCGCAGCGAAUAACUUAUUAGAUGUUGUAACAAAAGGAAACACUGUGAUCCAGUCUAACGAGAUUCAUGAAUGGAUUAAUUGCAUUGGUAUAAUUAUGACAGCACUUACGGACUCUUAUUGGUCUACAUUUUAUGACCGGCUGUUGGAUAUCAUCACAUGUCCCGAUCUAAUUGAAUGGCCUUAUGAUUUAACUCCAUUCCAAUUAUUUAAUUUCAAUCUGAUACACAACAGCUUUUAUGAAAAUAAAUAUAGCUUCAUGCUGGCCCUGGCUCAUUCUAUCUGGCAUCAUGCUGGAGUUGGUCAGCUUGUCAACAUUGUUCAUUUUGUUAAAGAAAAAUUGCAACCUGUUGUAAAAACUGAAGAACAAUACAUAUAUGCGUGUCAUUUAAUUGGGCCAACUCUGAACCGCUUAGUCAUUGAGAAAAAUCGAUAUAUUUCAGAUCUCACUGUUAUGUUAUAUCAAAUGUUGGAACAAGUUAGUCGUAAUCAAACGCACUUAAAACAGAUGGAUACGAUUUGUGAUCUGAUGUAUCAUAUUAAGUAUAUGUUUGUCGGAAAUUCAAUUAGAGAUGAAGUUGAGAGUAUUAUAAGAAGAUUUAACCCUGCUUUACAAAUGAGACUACGCUUCAUAGCAAUUAAAAAUCCUGACGAGAAUCAACAGUCUUAAGAAAAGACUAUCACUGUCAAUAAAUACGGGUUCAAGUACUACACUUGCAUCCUAUACUAAAGUACAAACUUAAUUUAGUACUUUACUGAUUAAUUGUUGAUUAUAAGUAUUGAAAAGUUAAUGAUGCCUUUUUAACCAAUCUAGAAAUAUAAAAAUAUAUUUAGAAAGCAUUGUUAGUUCCGGGUAAUGUUUUUUAUCAAUACAGAUUCAAGACAUUCCUAUUUUACUUCAAGACAUUCUUUAUGCUUAUUUGUGUUAUCAAUUUUGUAUAUAUGUGAGUAUGUCUUAAAGAGAUUAUUGAAAUAAUAAUUUUUUCUAGA